AAGCAGAGACGUGGUGGUAGCACAAGAACUGUGAGAUUUAGACCAUCGCACUUGUUCCCCACCUGAGGCUUACCUGUGGUGACAUCAUCAUCGCAAUGACAACAGGGCCCGGCGACGAAGGGGCCACCUAAAGGGAUUUUGGCUCGACUUGGCAAUUUAAGUGUUGGUUUUUUUCACUCCCCCAAAUGUUUUCCCCGCUUGUGGACUUCCCUGUGGAGUUACCUGUGCAGUGAUCGAUCGGAGUCUAAGCGAAUCGAGUUCCUCCUCAGCUCCAACAGUCAUUGCAUGACAGUGAGGCCGCGAUGAGUCGGAGAACUCGGCGCUGGAUUUUAAGAGUUUUACUUUGUCUGGGAAUUGUUUACCUGAAAAUUGGGGGCUUCUCGUCGGUGGUGGCCCUCGGAGCGAGCAUAAUCUGUAAUAAAAUCCCCGGUUUGGCCCCGAGACAACGGAUUAUCUGCCAGAGUCGCCCCGAUGCCAUUAUCGUCAUCGGAGAGGGCGCGCAAAUGGGCAUCAACGAGUGUCAGUUCCAAUUCAAAAACGGCCGCUGGAACUGCUCGGCCCUGGGCGAGAGGACCGUCUUCGGAAAAGAGUUGAAAGUGGGGAGUAAAGAAGCGGCUUUUACGUACGCCAUCAUCGCAGCCGGGGUGGCCCACGCCAUCACCGCCGCCUGCACUCAGGGCAACCUGAGUGACUGCAGUUGUGACAAAGAGAAGCAGGGCUUCUACAGCAGGGACCAAGGAUGGAAGUGGGGAGGCUGCUCUGCCGACAUCAGCUACGGCCUCGGCUUCUCCAAAGUCUUUAUCGAUGCCCGGGAGGUCAAGCAGAACGCGAGGACGCUCAUGAACCUCCAUAAUAAUGAGGUGGGACGCAAGGUCCUGGAGAAGAACAUGCGACUGGAAUGCAAGUGUCAUGGAGUGUCGGGCUCCUGCACCACCAAAACCUGCUGGACUACACUUCCCAAGUUCCGCGAGCUUGGCUACAUUCUCAAGGAGAAAUAUGCCCACGCGGUGCACGUGGAACCGGUCAAAGCCAGCCGCAACAAGCGCCCCAAAUUCCUCAAGAUCAAGAAGCCAUAUUCAUACCGGAAGCCCAUGGAUACAGACUUGGUGUACAUAGACAAGUCACCUAACUACUGCGAGGCGGACAUGGUGACGGGCAGCUUGGGGACACAAGGGCGGGUGUGCAACAAGACUAUGAUGCAGCACAUCAGCGGCUGCGACUUGAUGUGCUGCGGCCGUGGCUACAACACGCAUCAGUACUCCAGAGUGUGGCAGUGCAACUGCAAGUUCUUGUGGUGCUGCUACGUGAAGUGCAACACGUGCAGUGAGAGGACAGAAGUGUACACGUGCAAAUGAGAAAUAUUUAUUGGACGGUGCUAGCAUGCGUGUUGGCGUGAACGCGUGUCUUUUUUUUGGGUUCCGCCGACUUACUGGAUCCCGUUGCUGCAUGAGGAACUGUCGCUAGGGUGCGGACUUUGGGUCGGUCGGGUGAAACACUGGAAAAACUGCACAUUGCGUGCGAGCAACUGAAGCGCAAAGACCAGACGGACGGGACACGCAGCGACGCCGAGAAACGGAAUACGUGAUGGCUGAGCCGUGCACACUGCUGUCUUUCACACAUGGAAUAACUCAGCCAUGUGGAAUAUUUAACAUACUGUUUUAUAGAAUGGAGAUAAUUAAUAUUAAUUUAUUGGAUAAGAACUACUGAUUUUGUCCAUUUUUGGGUCGCAAAUAACUAAAUGUUGGGAGGGUUUAGUUUAUUAAAGGGACCGUGGACUGUUAACACACUGGAUUUUUGGAUCCACCAGGAAUCAGUCACUCAUAUUAACUUGUGACCCUCUUGUGUCUUGCCCCCUGUUUGCUGCUAGUCCUGAGAAUUCCGUUUUCUUUUUUAGGUCAGAGCUUCAAAAAUACGGGCACAUUUUCCACUUUUGGUAAAUAUUGGUUCAUAGAGUAUAUUUUGUAAGAGCCUAUUUUUGUAUGAAUGUCUUAUUUAUAUCAGUUGCAUAAUAUUCAACGUUAAGCUCGGACACCUGUCUGUAAAAAGCGGAUCUAUAUGUAAGUUUGCCCCUGUUGUCACUGCCAUGGUUGUGUAGUGUGAGUUAUAGAAGCUGUUUCUGUGUGUCUGUUGUUUACUGCAUUUCAUGACUACUACUGAUGGAAUACAGGAGCGGAAUAACACCAACUAAGCAUGAUUUCAUUUUUGUUUCGUCUAACAAACACUUUUUCAGUGAUGCACUUGCUUUGCUUUAAUGCAAUGUCAUAAUCUUACCAUAAAAUGUUGGAAACCA